GAAAAGAGAUUCUACACAUGCAUGGGAGCCUGGAUCUGAGGGAACGUCAGCGUUUGAUUGGAGAAUUCAACAACCGACAGAGCCAAGCAAGAGUAAUGUUAGCUUCAACUAAGGCUUGCUCUGAGGGCAUAAGUCUAGUCGGAGCAUCGAGAGUUGUCUUGCUAGACGUGGUUUGGAAUCCUUCGGUGGAGAGGCAAGCAAUUAGCCGCGCGUUCAGAAUUGGCCAGGAGAAGGUAGUCUAUACAUACCAUCUGAUCACGAAGGGAACCACGGAAUGUGACAAGUACCGCAAUCAGAUGGAGAAAGAGAGAUUGUCUAAGCUGGUUUUCUCCCCAACGGACAAGGAAAAUGGUGAGAGAAGAAAAUCCAGUGGGGUUGCCGAAGACAGGAUAUUGGACGAGAUGACUUCCAGCCAAAACUUCAUGGAUUUGUUUGAUCAGAUACUUUACCAGCCAAAGGAUUCCGAUGCAGUCGAGAACUGCGACUGAGGCCAUCCCACCACUGGUUUGUGUAAGUGUGACCAGCAGCUUGAUCUGAAGUUGAGACCUGGUAUCUUACGGCCGUUAAUAGUUAGUGCAAAAGAAGUUGCAGUAUCACUUUGUUAGGUCUUGUGCUUACUGUCGUAACCAACGAGCUGAAACUACAAUCAAUCAUCUGAUUAAGCAAUGUUCUAGGGAUGGAUUUCCUUCUCAUUUCUCCCCUCUGCUGAUUCUUCUCUUUUGUGAUCCUCUCCAAACUCUGCUUCAUUAAUUCGGAUUGCAACAGUUCUACUUUAUCUAGUCUUUUU